AUAAACGUGAAUUUUCGUGUGCAUUAUGUUCGGAGAGACCGUACUAACGCACUAGCAAUGUAACGUACCCGUCCCUUUUUAAAUACAGUUUCGUUCGCUUUGGACGAAGAGCUCAAUACUAGAACUCCAAAUUCCAAAAUCACACCGAGUCGUACUAGUGCACCGAAAUGUCUCGCCCUACCGUCGUCCUCGUCCCGUGCUGGGGAUCCGGUCACUUCAUGUCCGCGCUUGAAGCCGGCAAGAGGCUGCUGGACAGCGGCGGGGGCGCCUUCUCGCUGACCGUGCUCCUCAUGCACUCGCCGACGCAGAUCAAGGCGUCCGAAGUCGAGGGCCACGUCCGCCGCGAGGCGGCCUCGGGCCUCGACAUCCGUUUCCUCCAGCUCCCCGCCGUCGAGCACCCCACCGGCUGCGUGGACCCCGUGGAGUUCGAGUCCCGGUACGCCCAGCUCCACGCGCCCCACGUCAAGUCCGCCAUCGCCGGCCUGCAGAGGGUGGCCGCGGUCGUCGUCGACUUCUUCCUGACGACCCUGUUCGACGCGGCCCACGAGCUCGCCGUGCCGGCGUACGUCUACUUCCCUUCCCCGGCCGCGUUCCUCGCGCUCAUGCUGAGCCUGCCGGAGCUUCGCGAGGACCUGACGCGCGCCGGGUUCGUGGAGGAGACGGAGGCCACGGUGGACGUCCCGGGGCUGCCGCCGGUGCCGGCGCGUUACACGCCGGCGUGCCUCGUGAGAGCCGUCCAGAGCUACGACUGGUUCGAGUACCACGGGCGCCGCUUCAUGGAGGCCAGGGGCGUCAUCGUCAACACCUCCGCGGAGCUCGAAGCCUCGGUCCUCGCCGCGCUCCCCGCUGCUGCUCCGCCGGUCCACGCGAUCGGUCCCGUUAUCUGGUUCAGCGAGAGCGAAGAAGACAAACAGCGGCCGCCUGCGCACGAGUGCGUGCGGUGGCUCGACGCGCAGCCGGCGGCGUCGGUCGUGUUCAUCUGCUUCGGGAGCAUGGGCUUCCUCGACGCGGCCCAGGUGAGGGAGGUGGCCGUGGGCCUGCAGCGGAGCGGCCACCGGUUCCUCUGGGUGCUGCGAGGCCCGCCGCACGCCGGCUCGCGGUUCCCGACGGAUGCGGAGCAGCUAGAAGAGCUGCUCCCGGAGGGGUUCAUGGCGGCCACCGCGGGGAAGGGGAUGGUGUGGCCGGCAUGGGCGCCGCAGAAGGAGAUCCUGUCCCACGCCGCCGUGGGCGGGUUCGUGACGCACUGCGGGUGGAACUCCGUCCUGGAGAGCCUGUGGUUCGGCGUGCCGAUGCUGCCGUGGCCCCUGUACGGGGAGCAGCACCUGAACGCGUUCGAGCUCGUGGCCGGCGUGGGCGUCGCUGUGGUCGCGCUGGGGGCGGACAGGAAGGAGAAGAAGGGGUCCUUCGUGGAGGCGGUGGAGCUGGAGCGCGCGGUGCGGAGCCUGAUGGGCGGCGGCUCGUCGGAGGAGGGGACGAAGGCGAGGGAGAAGGCCGCGGAGAUGAGAGCCGCGUGCAGGAAGGCCGUGGACGAGGGCGGCUCGUCGCGCGCCGCGCUGCAGAGGCUCGUGCGGGAGAUUUUGGAAUCGCCCGCGAAUCCGAUGGACGGAACUACGGAGUACUAGCUGAUUUACUUUGGCAUAAUCUCGCGCUCAAUAUAGUAAUUGUGGAUUUGGAUUUUGGAGGGCUAGCUCCUGCCACCCGCUUUCUCUACUGUGCUAAAGUUAGCAUAUACUGUACGUUAUACUAGUACCUUCGCGUAUGCCGUAUACAUUAGCAACUGUCAAAAAAAAGCAGGUGUGAUUCUCUCCUCAAUUGUAAUCCCGUCAUUUAGCCUUGUAUAUCUACACAAUCACCAUCAAUGAAAUGUUCACUGUUCAUUCACAAA